AUGGGCUUUUUAAGUCCAGCAUGUGUCCUUUUCUGCUUUUUUGGAGUCAAAGUAUACUGCCAAUAUGAAAAUUAUCAAUGGGAUGAAGAUUAUGAUCAAGAGCCAGAUGAUGUCUACCAACCAGAAUUUCAAUUUCAUCAGAAUGAGGACUAUCAAGUUCCUUUUCAUCAGUACAUGUUAGGCUGUGCCACUGAAUGCUUCUGCCCACCCAACUUUCCAUCAUCAAUGUACUGUGACAAUCGCAAACUCAAGACUAUCCCGCGUGUCCCAGCUCACAUACAGCAAGUCUAUCUUCAGUUCAACGAAAUUGAGGCUGUGACUGCAGAUUCAUUCAUCAAUGCAACUUAUCUUAAAGAAAUCAAUCUCAGCCACAACAAGAUUACAUCUCAAAAGAUUGAUUAUGGUGUGUUUGCUAAGUUGUCAAAUCUACUACAACUUCAUCUACAGCAUAACAACUUAGAAGAAUUUCCAUUUCCUCUUCCCAAGUCUUUGGAAAGACUUCUUCUUGGCUACAAUGAGAUCUCCAGAUUGCAGACAAAUGCCAUGGACGGGCUAGUAAACUUGACAAUGCUUGAUCUCUGUUAUAAUCAUCUUGAAGAUUCCAUGUUACAAGAAAACAUACUUGCUAAAAUGAAAAAAUUAAUGCAGCUCAACUUAUGUAAUAACAGAUUAGAAUCCAUGCCUCCUGGUCUGCCUUCUUCACUUAUGUACCUGUCUUUAGAAAAUAACUCAAUUUCUUCCAUACCAGAAAAUUACUUCAGUGAACUUCCAAAACUUAAUGCUCUACGAAUGUCACACAACAAACUACAAGACAUCCCAUAUAAUAUUUUUAAUCUUUCCAACCUUAUAGAGCUCAAUGUUGGACACAACAAACUGAAACAAGCAUUCUAUAUUCCAAGGAAUUUACAACACCUAUACCUAGAAAAUAACGAAAUUGAAAAUAUCAAUGUUACAGUGAUGUGUCCAUCUAUUGACCCACUACAUUACCACCAUUUAACAUACAUUCGUAUGGACCAAAAUAAACUAAAAGAGCCAAUAAGCUCAUACAUUUCCCUCUGCUUUCCUCUUCUACACACUAUUUAUUAUGGUGAGCAAAGAGGCACUGAUGGUCAAACAAUACAGCUGAAGACCCAAGUUUUCAGGAGAUUUCAAGGUGAUGCAGAGAGUGAAGAACGUGAUGAUCAACAAGAAGGUCCAGAACAAGAAGAAACAGAAGAAAACAUUGACCCUCGCUAUUAUGGAAGUUAA